AUGUCCGCUAGAGGCAUUAUCGAAGGCAACAGUAGUAAUAGUGCAAGCAAGUGUGCAUCAUGCAGGCAUCAAAGAAGACGUUGCCCCAAUGAUUGUAUUUUCCGUCCAUACUUCCCAUUAAGGAAACACGAAGAAUUUGAAUCUGCUAGAAGGGUUUUUGGGGUAAGCAACAUGGAAAGGAUGUUAAGAAGCCUUGAAGUUCAAGACAGAGCAAAGGCGGUUGAGUCCAUGAUAUGGGAAGCAUCAUGUUGGAGCAAAGACAGCAUUAAUGGGCCUCUUGGGUGUCUGAAGAGACUAAUUGAUUCAGAAAGACAGGCAAAACAGGAGAAUCAGCUGCUGCGAAAACAGUUGUACAACUUAAAUCAGUCUGGAAGGAGUACACUUACAGAGGAGAAACAGCAAAACCAAACAAACGAACCAAUGUUAAACAUGGAAGGAUCAGCGAAUGAUAAGGUUUAUGCUAUACCUAACAGUGGCAUUGCCACAAAUUAUUAUUUUGAUAGCGAAGAAGGCAUGGAAUUGCACUCGCAGGGGAACAGCUAUACACGAAAUAUUGGCAAUCAUGGUAAUGUGGCCCAAGCACCUUCUACCCCCAGCCCAACUGUACAGAUGCAACAAAGAAGAAAUCAAGAAAGCCGGCAUCAAGCAGCUAAUCCUUCUUUUCCAAUUAAUCCUCAAGAGAUUGAUCAAGGAAGAACUAUAGUGUCAUUGUCGCAAGUAAAUCCUUUCCCAUACCUAUACGGGAACGAAACUUAUGUAGGGUAUAUUGGCCUGGAUGAUCAUAUUGGCCAAAUACCUUCUGUUCACAGCCCAAUUAAUGUACAAGCACAUCAAAUAAGAAACCAGCUUGAUGAAGUUAGCAGUCAAGCAGCUUUCUUUGAUACCCCACUGGCUAAUCAUCAUCAAGAGAGUCUCCCAUCAGCUUAUAAUCAUCAAUGGAGAGGUUUCCAUGUACAUGGCCAAGCAGUGGUUAACCCUACUAUUGUUCAUGCACAACAAAUGUUAGGCCAGGGAGUGGAUUCUCAUAGAUCAGCGAAUGUUGCACCAGAACCAAGUAGGGUCAGAGGGACAAAUGUUCUUCAGGCACCUUAUCAUGUUGAUAAUCAAAAUAAUGUAAAAUGA